AUGUGCAACCAAAAGUUGACCAACGAGAACGUUUCCGCCGCCAAGGCUGAAGAAAUGAGCCGUAAGCGGCCAGCCAGCCCUGUUGAGGAGUUGGAGAGUGCCCCUGCGGCCAAAAAAACACUGUGGGACGAUGAAAGAAAGGCCGAACUGGUCAAAGACAUCAAGUUGAUGAUGAACUAUCAUCUCAACGUUUGUAAGCCUUAUGGGCUUAUGGAUGUGCCAGAGGACAUGGCAGCUAACGAAAGUGGUAAGUUACAACAACAAUAACAAUUUGAACAAGAAAAAAUUAACAAAAAUAGGGUAAGGUAAUAUAAACCAAACAAAACAAAGAUGACAUGAACUAUAAAACAAACAAAUUAUGAUGCCAAGAAUAACUAACAAUUUUUAUAGAUUUUGAUGAACAGUAUGGAUUCAGAAGGAAUGCUCAUAUUUGGAAAGAGCACGAGAAUGACAUGUUGGAGUUUUCCAAACAAAGAGUUGAUAAAGAAGUGGAGAGUAUCAUGGAUACGGUAACAAGGGCCACAAACCCAUUUGUUAUCGUACCCCCUUUGAAAAACGUUGUCCGACCAAGUCCUCCAGCUCCAACACAAGCCAAGCACCCUGAAACGGAUGUUCAGGGUAUUAUGGACGCCGUAAAAAAGGCGACCAACCCGUUUCCGAUGGUGCCUCCGCUGAAGAAGGCAAGAACAACAAGCACAGUGGCUGACACAUCAGGGCAUGGCAAAAAAGCAAAAGAAGGCGCAGAAUCAAGCAAAAACAACGUGAUGGAAAUUGAAAGCAUUAUGGAUGCCGUUAUAAAGGCGACCAAGCCAUUCCCCAUAGUACCUCCACUGACGACAAGCCCAACCGCACCAGAAACAUCAGAAAAUAAAAAAGAACAAAGAAAUGCCAAAAAAGAUAAAGAAAACAAGGACCCGUCAGAAGCCAAGAAGACCAAAAAAGAGAAGAAACCACCAAACAAGCCCGCACCGUUGAUGAGACAGGCAAUGAGGAUGAUGAAGAACUGCCGUAGAAGCGGUUAUUAA